GUUCCCAAACGAGGCCACGAAAACGCUUAUUUGUUGAUCGAUGGGGGAAAACACUUCGUGAAGCGAGCUUUUUGUGCCCWAACUAGGCAAAUGUCUAGAUUCCAAGAACUCAAGAAAGAAAUUUCUGUCUUGGAGAAGACCUUUGGGCCUGAUAAUGAGAGAUUUCGCGUGUCCUCCAAUGGCUUAGAUGAGAUUAUUUGCUGUUUUGUGUGUCCUUGCACCAAUGUCGAACAUGKUAUUCACUGCAAUAUCUCGGAAUCUUAUCCCGAACAACCACCAAUGUGGUUUAGUGAAAGCGAGGACUCAACAAUCAACCAAAUAGUGGAGUCGCUGACUGACACUGUUGAACCUUCAAAACCGAAACUGCUUCUACGAGCAACACAACAUCUAAUCACGGAUUUGUUCAAGGCUCAAAAAAUUCCUCUUCCUCCAAAUAUUGACAAUUUAACGUCCAUACAAAUCAUCGAGGAUGAGUCAAAUAGUACAACAGCACAAAUGGAUGUAGAUGAUAGUGAAGAUGAAGGACUAGAGGAGGAUAAUGAAGAAGAAAGUGAAGAUUCAGAUAACUAUGAAAUGGAUGAAGAAGUUGAUGAAGAUGAAAAGAAAGAAGUGGACGAGAUAGGAGCUGAAAAUUUUGCUGUUUUAGAGAAAUUAAGAGUGAGUCGACGUGAGGAGCAUUUGAAGGGAUCUGUUUGUGGAUCAAUCCAGGCUACCGACAGAUUAAUGAAAGAAUUGAGAGAUCUUUACAAAUCAGACAGCUACAAAUCAGGGAAUUAUUCUGUACAAUUAAACGAUGACAACCUUUAUGAUUGGAGUAUAAAGAUCAUGAGAGUGGAUCCAGAAAGUACUUUACAUAAGGACAUGGUGCAAUUGAAAAAGCAAGAAGGACUUGAUCACAUCCACUUAAAUCUGUCAUUCACUGAUAAAUUUCCAUUUGAUCCUCCAUUUGCCAGAGUUUGUUACCCUAUUAUCAGUGCGGGGUAUGUUCUUAGUGGAGGAGCGAUAUGCAUGGAACUUUUAACUCCACAGGGAUGGAGUAGUGCAUACACAAUUGAAGCUGUUAUUGUACAGAUUACAGCAACWCUAGUCAAAGGAAAGGCCAGGAUCAACUUUCAAGAAAGUAAAAAGCCUGGGGUAUACAGCUUGGUUAGAGCUCAGCAAUCCUUUAAAUCGCUUGUUCAGAUUCAUGAAAAAAAUGGCUGGUACACGCCACCAAAGCACGAAGGUUAAAUUCUUCAAUACAUACAUGCAAAGUUACAUGCAAAGUUAAUUGAUAAUUUUUGUAAAACCAGUAGGCAUCAUACAUAUAUUAUUGUUAUUGUUAACCCUCAUGUUUCAAUUUCUUGAAAUAGUGAUUAUUUCUACUACAUUAGCUUGUACAUAUAAUACAUGUAUUGUAAAUACAUUACUGCUUGUAAUACCUUUGUUAAUCAUAGUUAGCUAUCCUUUGACAUUAAAGGCAAAACAUUCCAUUUUGGAUA